GCCAAGGAACAGCCACACAAAAUGGGUGGGAUCAAUAAAGAUGAUGUUGAGAAAUAUCUGAUGAACAACCCACAAUUUGCCAAGGAGUAUUUUGACCGAAAGCUGCGAGCAGAAGCACUGGGGGACAUCUUCAAAGUCAGCCCUGGGGAAGUGAAGGAUGGAGUCUCCUUCAAGGAGAUGACCAAACUGGAGGAAUCUAACUUGCUUUUUGAGUUGCUGGUAGAAAUGCAGGACGAAUCAACCACCGUGGAAAGGACAGUUCACAAAGUCCUGAAAAGGAUGGCACAGAUACUGCAAGCUGACCGGUGUAGCAUGUUUGUUUACCGUGCCCGCAAUGGUACACCAGAGGUGGCUACCCGGCUCUUAGAUGUCACCCCUACUUCCACAUAUGAGAGCAACCUGGUAGCUCCUGAAAAAGAAAUUUAUUUUCCUUUGGACAUUGGGAUAGUGGGGUGGGUUGCUCAUACGAAGAAGCUAUAUAAUAUACCAGAUGUAAAAAAGAAUGAUCAUUUUAGUGACUUUGUGGAUAAGCAAACUGGCUAUAAAACUGUUAAUAUGCUGGCAACAGCAGUUGUACUAGGAAAGGAAGUCCUUGCUGUGAUUAUGGCAGUUAACAAGAAAAAUGGCCCUGAAUUCUCUAAAGCAGAUGAAGAGGUUUUCAAGAAAUAUAUUAACUUUGUUUCGGUUGCUUUGAAACAAAACCACACUAACAACCUGUACAAUAUUGAAUCCAGAAAAAGUCAGACGCUCUUGUGGUCUGCUAACAAAGUAUUUGAAGAGCUUACAGACAUUGAGCGACAGUUUCACAAAGCGUUGUAUACUGUUCGAAUGUAUUUGAACUGCGAAAGAUACUCCGUUGGUCUUCUGGACAUGACCAAAGAGAAGGAGUUCUAUGAUGAAUGGCCAAUCAAACUGGGAGAACAAGAGCCGUAUAAAGGACCAAAAACACCUGAUGGCCGAGAAGUCAACUUUUAUAAAAUAAUUGAUUACAUUUUACAUGGAAAAGAAGAAAUCAAAGUCAUUCCGUCACCACCUGCUGACCAUUGGUGUUUGAUUAGUGGUUUGCCAACUUAUGUUGCUGAAAAUGGAUUUAUUUGUAAUAUGAUGAAUGCGCCUGCAGAUGACUUCUUCUGUUUUCAGAAAGAAGCGUUUGAUGAGACAGGCUGGCUUAUCAAAAAUGUCCUGUCUUUACCUAUUGUCAACAAAAAGGAAGAAAUUGUUGGUGUAGCUACAUUUUACAACAGGAAAGAUGGCAAACCCUUUGAUGAAUACGACGAGCAGCUUACUGAAAUGUUAACGCAGUUCCUUGGAUGGUCUGUUUUAAACACUGACACGUAUGACAAAAUGAAUAAGCUUGAAAACAGGAAAGAUAUUGCUCAGGAAAUGCUGAUGUACCAGACAAAGGCCACACCUGAUGAAAUUGAGUCCAUAUUGCCAUACAGGGAGAAAUUGGAAGUAGACAACAUUGAAGACUGCGAUGAGAAAGCUCUUCUCAGAAUUUUGAAAGAGGAGUUGCCUGAGCCAAAGGACCUGGACCUUUAUGAAUUUCGCUUCAGUGACUUCCCUGUUGAUGAAUUUGACUUGAUCAAGAGUGGAAUACGACUGUUCUUUGAGUUAAAUGUUGUGGAAAAGUUCAAAGUACCAGCAGAGGUACUUACAAGGUGGAUGUAUACAGUCCGAAAAGGGUAUCGCGAUAUCACUUACCACAACUGGCGGCACGGAUUCAAUGUCGGGCAGACCAUGUUUACACUCUUAAUGACAGGUAAACUAAAGAAAUAUUAUAGUGACUUAGAAGCCUUUGCUAUGGUGGCUGCAGCUUUCUGCCAUGACAUUGAUCACAGAGGCACCAACAACCUGUAUCAGAUGAAAUCAGGAUCUCCAUUGGCAAAACUCCAUGGCUCUUCCAUUUUAGAAAGACACCAUCUAGAGUACAGUAAAACUUUGCUUCAGGAUGAGACUUUAAACAUCUUCCAGAAUUUAAAUAAGCGACAGCAUGAAGUGGUUUUACAUUUAUUUGAAGUUGCAAUCAUAGCCACUGACUUGGCAUUGUAUUUCAAGAAAAGGACUAUGUUUCAGAAGAUAGUGGAAGCCGUUGAAAAAAUGGAAAAAGAAGAGGAUGCAAUUAAAUAUAUAACUAUGGAUCCAACAAAAAAAGAAGUAAUCAUGGCUAUGAUGAUGACUGGCUGUGACUUGUCCGCUAUCACAAAACCCUGGGAGGUGCAAAGCGAGGUUGCCAUUAUGGUUGCAAACGAAUUCUGGGAGCAAGGUGAUCUUGAACGAACUGUCCUACAGCAACAACCAAUUCCUAUGAUGGACAGGAACAAAUCUGAUGAACUGCCCAAGCUUCAAGUUGGUUUCAUUGAUUUUGUAUGUACCUUUGUGUACAAGGAAUUUUCUAGGUUCCACAAGGAAAUUACACCUAUGUUUAAUGGUCUUCUAAACAACCGAGUGCAAUGGAAAGCACGGGCUGAAAUUUAUGAAGAAAAGGUGAAAGCUCUUGAGGCAGAAAAGAAGAAGAAGGAGGAAGAAGCUGCCAAGAGAGGUAACGAGUAUUUACAAUUACCAUUCUUCUAUGAGAGAACUCUUUCAACGCUGCAGCAUAGAGGGUCGUUCCCAGGCCGAAAGGGGUUGGAAGCUGACUGUCAGCACCCCCUGAUGCCAGCGCAGACACCCACAUCUGGUUUUUUUGCUGCUAACAUGGCAGCGCUGGCAGCCAAGGCCCUUACUGCUGUGUCGCUCUGCGGCACCAGCGGCUACAUGAGCAGCUUUGUGUUUAGCAGUCAACAGGUUAGAUCCACAGGGAUGCCAGGUGGCUUGGAGUUCAUCAGCCAGCUCAUGGCAAGGCUCACUUGUGCACGCGGCUGCGAGCAACACGAUCCCAUCACUUCCAGUAAACUUCCCGAAGCACCACAGCGCGAUGGAACGAUUUACCACUCAAAUGAGGGUUUGAGUUUUAAAUCAUCCCGUUGCGCUAUGGCACUUGUGGAAGUCAACCGGAAGUGA